GUUCUGGGAACCCGGAAGAGGAAGACGACAUUUAUGAUCUUACCGAUAAAAGUGUGUGGAAAACUAUCAAAGCCCAGGCUGAAGUUCACACAGUGAAUGUGGAUGAAGAGGACACAGCUCUGUCUGCAGCGUCUGGUCUUCUAAGGGGGGGGGGGGGGGUUGUCCAUAAUGGAUCCUCCAGGAGGCGUUGGUGAACCAGGACCUUCUGAUCCACAAAAGAGGAGGAGGAGUCCUGGUCCUGAGGUGGACCCACAGUCCUGUUCUUUGUGCCCUGAAGGUGCCUGGAAAAAGAGCCAGAACUGGAACCGGAACCGGACUGCAGAUGGACAGAACUGUACAAGAUGAACAUAAGCUCAGUCUGAGGAGCAGAUGUGAACGUGUGACUGAAGGAAGUGAUGAAGAAGGAAGUGGAACCCAACUAAAGCAGAUCUUCACUGAGCUCUACAUCACAGAGGGACAGAGUGAAGACGUUAAUACCCAACAUGAGGUGAAGACGCUGGAGACAGCUUCCAAGAAGAAGACCAUCCAAGACAAACCGAUCAGGUGUCAGGACAUCUUCAAAGCCCUACCUGACCAGCAGAACCCCAUCAGAGUGGUUCUGACCAACGGCGUCGCUGGAGUUGGAAAAACCUUCUCGGUGCUGAAGUUCACUCUGGACUGGGCAGAGGGUUUAGAAAACCAGGACGUCAGUCUGGUGGUUCUGCUGUCCUUCAGAGAGCUGAACCUGGUCAGAGAUGAGCAGUACAGUCUGCUGACGCUGCUCCGUGUUUUCCAUCCAACAUUACAGAAGGUCACAGCAGAGCAGAUCAGUGUCUGCAAACUUCUGUUCAUCUUCGACGGCCUGGAUGAAAGCAGACUUUCACUGGACUUCCACGACUGUGAGGUGGUUUCAGACGUCACUCAGAAGAAGCCAGUCAACGUGCUGUUGACCAACCUCAUCAAGGGGAACCUGCUUCCAUCAGCUCUCAUCUGGAUAACUUCCAGACCUGCAGCAGCCAAUCAGAUCCCUCCUUCAUGUGUGGACAGGGUAACAGAAGUCCGAGGCUUCACCACCGACGUCCAGAAGGAGGAGUACUUCAGGAGGAGAUCCAGUGAUGAAGAUCUGUGUAACGAAAUCAUCUCACACAUCAAGACAUCCAGGAGCCUCCACCUCAUGUGUCAAAUCCCAGUCUUCUGCUGGAUCAGUUCUAUGGUUCUGGAGCACAUGUUGACUUCAGACCAGAGAGAAGAGCUGCCCAAGACCCUGACCAACCUGUACUCACACUUCAUCAUGGUCCAGACAAAGAGGAAGAAGAACAAGUAUGAAAAAGGAGGUGAGAUGGAGCUGACGGAGGCUGACAGGGAAGUUCUUCUGAAGCUGGGGAGGCUGGCGUUUGAACAACUGGAGAAAGGAAACGUCAUGUUCUACCAAGAAGACCUGGAGCAGUGUGGUCUGGACGUCACAGAGGCCUCGGUGAAGUCAGGAGUUUGUACCGAGAUCUUCAAAAGAGAGAGUGGACUCUUCCAGAAACCACUGUACACCUUUGUACAUCUGAGUGUUCAGGAGUUUCUGGCAGCAGUUUACAUCUACCACUGUUUGACCAACAACACAGAAGUACUGAGGAGGUUUCUGAGGAGAGAAGAAGAAGGUAUUGAUUCUUCUGAGGAGAAUGCCAACAUCAAAAUGGAACAUCUGACGAGGAGUCUGAGGAGAAAAGAAGAGGAGUAUGACCAUAAUUCAACAUUCGAUGUCCUCCUCAGCUUGGUCAUGGUAAAAUCCCUCUCCAGUAAAAAUGGCCACCUGGAUCUGUUUGUUCGUUUCCUUCAUGGUCUUUGUCUGGAGUCCAACCACAGACUUCUUGGAGAUCUGCUGGGUCAAACAGAGAUCAGCUCAAAAACCGUAGACAAAGUCAUCAACAACCUGAAGAAGAUGAAUACUGAGUAUAACUCUCCUGACAGAAGCAUCAACAUCUUCCACUGUCUGAUGGAGAUGAACGACCACUCAGUCCAACAGGAGGUCCAAGAGUUCCUGAAGUCAGAGAACAGGCGAUGGAAGAUACUCUCUGAGAUCCAGUGUUCAGCUCUGGCCUACGUACUGCAGAUGUCUGAGGAGGUUCUGGAUGAGUUGGAUCUGAAUGAGUACAACACAUCAGUCGAAGGACGACGUAGACUAAUUCCAGCUGUGAGGAACUGCAGAAAGGCUGAUCUCUCUGGGUGUGGGCUCUCAGACAUUCACUAUGAAGUCGUGGCCUCAGCUCUGAAGUCCAGUCCUUCCCAUCUCACAGAACUGAACCUGAGUUUCAACACCAUGGAGGAUCCAGAUGUGAAGGUUCUAAGUUCUGGACUGGAGAGUCCAAACUGCAGACUGGAGACUCUGAGAUUGAAUAGCUGCCAUUUGUCAGAUGUCAGCUGUUCUUCUCUGGCCUCAGCUCUGAAGUCCAAUCCAUUCCAUCUGACGGAACUUGAUCUAAGUUUUAACGACCUGAAGGAUUCAAGAGCGAAGCUGUUGUGUGAUUUUCUUCAGAGUCCAGACUGUAAACUACAGAUUCUGAGGUGUUAUUGCUGCCAUUUGUCAGAUGUCAGCUGUUCUUCUCUGGCCUCAGCUCUGAAGUCCAAUCCAUUCCAUCUGACGGAACUUGAUCUGAGUUUGAACGACCUGAAGGAUUCAGGAGUGAAGCUGUUGUGUGAUUUUCUUCAGAAUCCAGACUGUAAACUACAGAUUCUGAGGUGUUAUUGCUGCCAUUUGUCAGAUGUCAGCUGUUCUUCUCUGGCCUCAGCUCUGAAGUCCAAUCCAUUCCAUCUGAUGGAACUUGAUCUGAGUUUGAACGACCUGAAGGAUUCAGGAGUGAAGCUGUUGUGUGAUUUUCUUCAGAAUCCAGACUGUAAACUACAGAUUCUGAGAUUGAACCACUGCGGUUUGUCAGAUGUCAGCUGUUCUUCUCUGGCCUCAGCUCUGAAGUCCAAUCCAUUCCAUCUGAUGGAACUUGAUCUGAGUGAAAACGACCUGAAGGAUUCAGGAGUGAAGCUGUUGUGUGAUUUUCUUCAGAGUCCAGACUGUAAACUACAGAUUCUGAGAUUGGAUCGCUGCAGUUUGUCAGAUGUCAGCUGUUCUUCUCUGGCCUCAGCUGUGAAGUCCAAUCCAUUCCAUCUGACGGAACUUGAUCUGAGUUGGAACAACCUGAAGGAUUCAGGAGUGAAGCUGUUGGAGGAUUUACUGCAGAGUCCAGACUAUAAACUAGAGACACUAUGGACCGACAAUACGAUAUUAACUGGAAUCCCGAUGCGUCAUGGAGUGGAGACAGAGGAGGACACAUCAGAGUCUGGCUGUGGGGUCAAAGGUCGUCCUCCAGACUCUGACAGUGAACCUGGACCCUCAGAUAAACGAACUGGAGCUGACAGACAUGAACCAUGUCCGUCCACUUCAGACUUAGACCUGAAGGAGUCUGAGGACGGCGUAGAGGACUGUGUGGACCGAGACCCUCACACCAAUUCUGAAGAUCCAGAGAAGCAGCAGCUCGUCUGCGCAGAGGCUCAGGCUGGAGCGUCCAACUGGGAGGAGCUCACACCUGAAGUAUCAGCUGAGUCUGGACUCACUUCAUACAGCCCAUUAUCAUCUCUUCACCACAUAAACCCCUCGUCAGGUCCGGGUCCAAGUCCAGGAGACAAACAUGUGUUUCGUUGUGUCAGUGUUCCCUCCAUGAUUGAAAACCACCACAUGGAGGAGAACCUGAGGCGAACGCUCAGUUUACCUUCCAUGGUGUUGAACAGCAGCUUUAAGGAGUUCACACCUGUGACUGUGGGUGAAAUGGAUGAAGCCUACAGGUUCCAGUCCUCGUGUCCAGGUCUGUACCAGUGCAGUGUGACGGGCCUGGUGUUUGGCAUGGAGACAGACGGGGUCGUGGUCUACAGGACUGUCCCCUGGGACCGCAGGAUGCUGGACCAGUAUCACAAGAAGCCUGCAGGACCCCUGUUUGACAUCACAUGUGUGGAUAAGUCGGUGGUUCAGCUUCAUCUUCCACACUGUGAGCUCCGCCCCACAGGUGGGUGGGACUUCCUGUCAGUCGCUCAUGUGGAAGACGACGGGAGCGUCCAGUUUAUCCGUCCACAGAAGAUAACAGAAACCCAUGUGGUCAUCCGCGUCACAGGCUUCUCUCCUGUGGGUAACGUCAAAGAUAAGGACUCCCCUCUUGUUCCGGUCCGAGCCUUGGUGUUGCUCUUCUUCAGGCCUUCACCUGAUCCUGAUGAUGAAUCUGUGCUAAACGUGUUGCUGCUUCCAAAGAAUGUUUCCCUUCGUGACGUUCAACGAAGCAGGAAGAUGUCAGUGGGAGACGAGAUCUACAUAGAGACGUCCCCUCACUGUAAACUCCAACCAGAGCAGGUUUACACUCUGACCACUAGUCCUGAAGACUCAGAAGUUCAACCAGGAGACGCUGAGUUUUAUGAGGAUUCAUACAACAACUACUUCCCAACGUUUCAGGUGUUUUUGAACACGGGCGUGAAACAUUUGAAGCUGGUUUUAAAGGACAAACACAGCUCCCACAGUGUCUGGCAAAGAAGUGUUUGUCUUUCACCCACUGGAGUAAACGCAUCUUCCAGAUCCAGAUCUGUGAAUCUAACACCAAACCAGAGGCUGUUGGAUGUACGGAGCGGCUUCAUCGAUGGGGUAUCAGAGCCGGUUCUUAAAAGUCUUUUGGACAAACUGCUGGUGAAAAGGGUGGUAACUGAUGCUGAGAUGGACAAAGUGAAUGGGAUGCAGACCCGAGCAGACAAAGCUCGUUUAGUCAUCGACACAGUGAGGAGGAAAGGUGAAGAUGCAAGUUCAGAGAUGAUUGAGAUCCUCUGUGAGCUCGACCCUUUCCUCUGUGAAAAUCUGGACUUGAACUAAAGCCCAUUUGAAGAACUGGGACCAUCAUGUAUUCACGACCUUUUGGUAAACAGAAGCGUUGUUGUCUGCAGUGUGAAAACACUCUGCCUUCAAAACUACCCAGUGAAUAAAAGAUAUACAGAAACAUUAUGAUCCAGCUGUUGAACCCGAAACAAAGAUGUUCUAUGGUUGAGGCCAUAGAUGAGGUUCUAUAUGUGCAUGCCCACACCAGUCAAGUAGAGUUGGAGAAAGCCGUAGACCAUGUGGAGGGGGUGGCCUUCAGUGCUGGUGUCACACUCAAUUAAAAAAAAGGGCAGUGGACGCAACCUUUUGUUUCCACUUGGAAUCAUUUUACUCCAAUGAAAGUGGAUGGAACACAACGUCCUUCAGCUGAACAGCUCCAAAACUGAAGCCAUCCUCGUUGACACUCCACAUCCUCUCAAAUCCAUCCUGGCAUCACCAGCACUUCCUCUGCCCAUAACAUCUCCCUCUCUUCCUCUGUUACCAGCUUAGGGGUCAGAUUUGACCCCCACCUGUCCCUGUCCUUAUCUCCUCCAGGCUGGUUUACUGUAAUAAUCAACAUCAUGUCAGGAGUUUCCAGAAGCUCCAGUAUAUCCACAAAUACACUGUCAGGAUCCUGACGGGGGUGUGGAAGCAUGAGCACAUCAGCCCACCCCCACCCCAUUUAUUCUGUUUGUAGAACCUAAACUAAAAUGAUUUGGACAUCCUUGAUAAUGUCUUCAGUGUAAUUUUUUUAUUUCACAAAUUCAGCCCACAGACCCACUUGGACCCAGUUGGACCCAGUUGGAUCCAGUUGGACCUAGUUUUGGUCCACGGGCCAUAUUUUUGACAGUGCUGGAAUAGAAUAUAAACUUUUCCCUCAUCAGUUCAUUCAUGGCCAUGGCCCAGAUGAUCUAAAGGACCUGGUCAGUCCUCACCCAUUCUGUUUGUACUCAUCAUCUUCAUCUCGAAGAAUCAAACUGCAUUAUGGGAAAGUGAGUUUUUCAGGCAGCAGCUCCACGUGUCUGGAAUGAUCAUCUGAGGACUCCACAGACUAUAAUCCUUCAAAAAGCUGUAAAAAAAACUUUUCUCUUUCAGUGAUCAUAUUGACAGUCUUAAAUUUUCUGCUUUUAACUAGUUUUAUUGUUUUAAUCUUGUUUUAUGGUUUUAUUGGUUUUACUGUGCUGAUUUUGACAUUCUUUCUAGGAGCACAUGGAGAUCUGUCUAUCCCAGAUGUAAAGUUCAUUACAAAUCAAAUGCAUAAUUACCAUUCAGUGUAACACAGAACAGUGGAUUAACUGACAGCAGAAUGUUCAUUCAUAUAAAACCAAGUUAUGAUCUGAAAACAGCAAAGAUAAAACGACAUUCAUCAUCAUCUCUUCAUGAUGUGAUCGUUUUACUCUUUGUCUCAUUCAGUGAGUUUUAUUGGAAGAGCAAUAAUACUUGUUCAACGUGGAUCUCCUGACUUUUUUUUUUUUUUUU